AUGAACCAGCUCAAACGGAUGCAGCAAAAAGCUGCUCCAUGGAUUACAGGUGCCUUCCACACCUCACCUACAGGCAGUCUUGAGGCUUUGGCAGGUCUCAUCCCCGUCCACCUUAUGCUGAAGAAGUUGGCAACCUGCGCAGUGUAUCACGUUGCUACCCUCUUGGAUACUCACCCUCUCCGCUCCAUGAUGGGCAAGAGACUCCUCAAAUGGGCUGAACCACACACCCACUCAGCCGCCUUGAUGACCCCAGCUAUCUUUGAGCCCUUUGUGCCAGAAGCUCACCCUGGUGACUGGUUACUGGACCGCUUUGUGGACCGUGUCCAUUUCGACAAGCGUGAUCCUACCCAGGACAGGCGCCCAUACCUUGACGAGCUCAUCAUGAAAGCGAGGGCCGACCCUCUAACAGUACUGGCCGCAACUGAUGGCUCUGUCCCUCAGUCCAACCAGUAUCAGGCGGCUUUGGCUGCCAUCAUCUACAAGGGACAUCGCGAGCUCAAAAGGACUUGCUAUGUCUCUGGCAGAGUCACUGCCCCUGAUGUGGAACUCAAUGCCAUCAUGUGUGCAGUGCGCCUUGCAGUCAAGCAGGCAAACUGCCAGCAUAUUAUGGUCUUUACUGACUCUAUCGGCUCGGCCCACAGGGCAGUAGACCCCUCUGUACAUUCUGGUCAGGCUUUUAGUCUGUCAGUCUGUUGCACCCUCCAAGAGUGGUUUGAGGUGGAUGAUCUCCACCGCAUCACCUUCAUCUACAUUCCAUCUGCUCUGCAGUGGGACAUCCAUGGUGAAGCACAGAAGUAUGUCACUGACCUUAAAGUCAGGGUUGGACGUUGUAAGACAGACAACUCUAUAGACACGCUCUGCUCUCGAGCUGCACACUCAGUCCUGGAUUUGUGGAGUUCCACUUUCCAGGAUCCAACCUACUGA